AUGGAUUCUCACACUUUUGAGUUAUUAGCCCUUGUUUCCUUUUUCCUCUUCAUUCUUGUGGCACUGAAAAUUGGGAGGAAUCUCAAGAAAACAGGCUCAUCUACAAACCUCCCCCCUGGACCAUGGAAGCUACCUGUUAUAGGACACAUACACCAUCUAGUUACCUCUACACCACAUCGAAAACUAAGAGACAUGGCUAAAAUACAUGGACCGUUGAUGCAACUACAACUUGGAGAGAUCUUUGCAGUUGUUGUUUCCUCACCAGAGUAUGCCAAGGAGGUACUUAAAACCCAUGAUAUCAUAUUUGCAUCUAGGCCUAAAAUUGUAGCUAUGGAAAUAAUAUCAUAUGGAUGCACGGGUAUUGCAUUUUCACCUUAUGGAAGUUAUUGGAGACAGCUGAGAAAAAUAUGCACAAUGGAGCUUUUAACCCAAAAACGUGUCAGUUCAUUCCAGCCAAUAAGAGAAGAAGUGCUCCCAAAUCUGAUCAAAAGAAUUGAUUCACAGCAAGGAUUACCCAUCAACAUCACUCAACUUGUGGUUUCAUCAACAUUUGCUAUCAUUACAAAGGCUGCAUUUGGUAACAAAUGCAAAGUCCAAGAAGGGCUUCCGUCUUUGGGAAAUGGAGAAGCAGUUGCAGGAGGCUUUGACAUAGCUGAACUGUUUCCUUCAGCUAAAUGGCUUCAACUUGUUUCUGGUUUGAGGCCAAAACUUGAGAGGUUGCAUAGACAAGUUGAUGAGUUACUAGAAAAAGUCAUCAUUGAACAUAAAGAAGCAAAGUCAGAAGCAAAACAAGGCCAAGGUGACGCAGAAGAAGAUCUAGUAAAUGUUCUUCUAAAUUUCCAGGGUGGUAAUGAUAUUGACCAAGAUAUAUGCUUAACUGACAACAAUAUCAAGGCUAUAAUCCUGGACAUCCUUGGUGCUGGAGGUGAUACAUCAGCUUCUACCAUAAUUUGGGCAAUGUCGGAGCUGAUAAGGGAUCCAAGAGUGAUGAAGAAAGCACAACAUGAAGUGAGAGAAAUCUUCAACGUGAAAGAAAAUAUUGGUGAAAACUGCAUAAAUGAACUUGAAUAUUUGAAGUCUAUUGUGAAAGAGACGUUAAGACUACACCCUCCAGCUCCUCUUUUACUUCCAAGAGAAUGUGGGCAAGCAUGUGAGAUAGAUGGGUAUCAUAUACCAAUCAAAACCAAAGUGAUCAUUAAUGCUUGGGCAAUUGGAAGAGAUCCUAAGUACUGGUUUGAACCAGAGAGGUUCUAUCCAGAAAGAUUCAUCGGUAGCUCUAUUGACUACAAGGGAAGUAAUUUUGAGUACAUUCCUUUUGGUGCUGGAAGACGAAUGUGCCCGGGCAUCACAUUCGGUUUGAUAAAUGUUGAGCUAACCCUUGCAUUGUUGUUGUAUCACUUUGAUUGGAAGCUUCCCAAUGGAAUAAAAGGUGAGGAAUUGGACAUGACUGAGCAAUUUGGAGCCAGCAUCAAAAGAAAACAUGACUUGUACUUGAUACCAAAUUCUCCUCUUCCUUCUGUGGUAAGAUAA